UGCUAUUUCCUGGUUAGAUUGCCAGCCAUUUUGAAGUCCAGACGCGUAGCCUCUCGAUUUUUUGGGGGAGUAGUUACUUUUUAAAUCUAAAAAUUCUGUAUCGGACUUUGAAGUUUUUCUUUGAUAGCUCUUCUACCGUUUUACCAGAAGAAGAUUUUAUUGUCACCUCUCAACGAUGAAUCCAGAAUAUGAUUAUUUAUUCAAGCUGCUUCUGAUUGGUGACUCUGGUGUUGGGAAGUCCUGCCUCCUCUUACGAUUUGCAGAUGACACGUACACGGAAAGCUACAUUAGUACUAUUGGGGUGGACUUCAAGAUAAGAACUAUAGAAUUAGAUGGAAAGACUAUCAAACUUCAAAUUUGGGAUACAGCAGGUCAGGAGAGGUUUCGCACAAUCACGUCCAGUUACUACAGAGGAGCACAUGGCAUUAUUGUAGUCUAUGAUGUCACAGAUCAAGAGUCUUUCAAUAAUGUUAAACAGUGGCUGCAGGAGAUUGAACGUUAUGCCAGUGAAAAUGUCAAUAAGUUAUUGGUAGGGAACAAGUGUGACUUGACGACAAAGAAAGUGGUGGACUACACAACAGCAAAGGAAUUUGCUGACUCUCUAGGCAUCCCUUUCCUGGAGACCAGUGCCAAGAACGCCACCAAUGUGGAGCAGGCCUUCAUGACCAUGGCUGCCGAGAUCAAGAAGAGGAUGGGUCCUGGGGCCACGGCUGGUGGCUCAGAGAAAUCCAACGUUAAGAUCCAGAGCACUCCGGUGAAACCUUCUUCUGGAGGGUGCUGCUGAGGCCCCCCUCUUCCUACAUCCUGCCCCUCAGUUUCCAGUGGGACAUACACUAUGUUCCAAAGUCAGAGAGACACACGAAGCAAGCGUGAGAGACGGCGAGAGAGAAACAUUAAGUUGCCUGAAUUGUACUGUAUGUAACUGCACUACCAGAAAUACUCAAACAAGGUCAGUUGAAAUCCAACAACUGUCAGCACCUUGCAGUGACCCCACCCACCACCUUGAGGCUGCUUUUAUUUUCCCCCUCAAAGAUGGCAAAAUUAAUUUUCUCUGCUAUUUAGUUUCCAAAUUCAGGGUCAUAAAUGUGAAUGAGUCUCACAGCAUUCCUACUACAGAUAGGCUCUGUAGUUGGCUCCCCCCCCCCACUUUUCUCCCCCUCGUAUCGGUGUCUGUAACCAUUUCUGCCCCCUGAAGAUAAUGUUUUGGACACUGUCAGCUGAUAGAUUGUCUUUGUCAAGCAUCAACAAAUUAAAAUUAAAUAUGUGUGUGGAUGUCUGUCUGUGUGCGUGCAGGUACGCACACGUGUGUGUGUGUGUGUGUGUGUGUGUGUGUGUGUGUGUGUGUGUGUGUGCGUAUACAUAGUCACACAAAACAAUGGCCCACGUGCUCAGAUCUAGGAAAGUGUGUGUGUGUGUGUAUGUCUAUGGGUGCUCAUAUGUAUGUAGGUAUGAAUGUACAAGUAUAUGUAUGACUUAAUUGCCCUGUACAGAAACAUGGGGAAUAAAAUGCAUUAUCUGAUUAGUACUUUAAAUGUCAGCUCUGCAUUUGAUUUGUGUCUGCAGAUUAUUGUAAUUUUUGAUGCAAACUAACAUUAAACAAGAGAAGAAAUGUUUAAUACACAU